CUUGUUUUUUUGCAACGGUCAGACAUGCACAUUGGCUUGUAAUUUCAAAUAUGUCGAUUAUUUAUCCAGCUGAAGGUCAAUACCGUAUAAGUUACGAACCGUUAAGUACUUUAAAAAAAUGCAUCAAGUUACAUGAUUUCGAAGGUGUUAAAAAAUAUUUUUGGCACACCGCGGCUCUACUUAAAGUAUUCAUUUUACUAGGACGAACCAUUUACGCCGGACAGACUUUGAAUCAGCCUAAACGACUUGCAGAAAUUGUCGCUACGUAUCCUGUUAGAUUUAUGGCUAUAACUAAAAUAUAUAUGCUUUACUUCGACAGAAAUCGCGUGAAUUACUUUUACAACACAGUAACAUAUGAAUUUUGGGAUUUCCAUAUAGCGGGACCCGAAUUAGAAAAACAAAUUAAAAGAAGAUUCUACGUCAUCAAUUUUGUUGUCACCUGUCAGUUUAUAGCGGCUAUGGUGGUCGUAACGUUGUUUUUAAUAUUCCCGUUGGUCGAUAUGCCGGAAGGGAAAAGACCUUUACCGAAUAUUAUCUGGACGCCAUUUGAUACGGAUCCAAGUCCUUUGUAUGAGAUUAUUUACGUUAUAAUGCUUUGGAAUUUGGUUCUUUCUGUGCUCGGAAACGCUUUUUAUGACGUUUUAUUCACUUAUUCUCUCCAACAUCUGUUUGUUCAAUUUAUGCUUUUAAAAAAAUUGAUAAAAAAUAUCACCGAAGGUAUUUUGGAAGAAACUACAGACUACGAUAAAUUCAAUUCUGAAUAUUUUCAAAGUAAAGUAUACGAACGUUUCCGAAUAUGCGCAGAACACCAUGCCAAACUAUUAAAGUUUGGAAAAAAUUUGAAAGAAUUUUCAUCACGAGCCCUGUUACCACAAUUGAUAAUGAGUUAUGCCGUACUUGUAAUAAAUGGAUAUAUCCUAAGUAUUGAUCACAAGGAUGUAAUGAAAACCACUGGGCUUCUAAACCUAACAGGUUCUUGUUUGGUACAAUUAGCAGUGUUUUCAGUCCAAGGAUCCGCAAUUAAAUUUCAGAGUUUAUCUUUGCUUGAUGCCAUCGCCGAUUCGAAAUGGUAUCUGUUUAGAGCUCCCGUUAAGAGAGCUUUGACGUUUAUGAUGAUGAAUUGUAGAAAAGCGCUUACCGUAAGCGCUGGAGGUAUGGCAAACGUCGAUAACGAGAUAUUGUUACAGAUAGUGCAAAAAGCGUUUUCGGCAAUAACUCUGUUACGAGCGCUCACCGCGGAAGCGGAGAUGAAAGGUUGA